AUGGAGAACGUUGUAUUAUACUACUUCCCCUUCAAGGGUCUAGGUGAAGGUCUUCGUAUGCUGUUGUCUUACGGUGGACAGAAGUUCGAAGACCACAGAGUGCCCAAGGAUCAAUGGCCAGAAUUCAAACCAAAAACUCCAUUCGGCCAGAUGCCAGUACUUGAGAUCAAUGGUAAGAAAUACAGCCAAACCCUGGCCAUGUCCCGCUACCUCGGACGCAAAUACGGAAUCGCCGGAGACAAUCUUGAAGAGUCCUUCGAAAUUGAUCAGAACAUGGACUUCUUCACUGAUAUUCGCCUAAAGGCCUCAACAGUUAUGCUGGAACAAGAUCCCGACAUCAAGCAAAAGAUUAAGGAUGACCUGGAGAAGAAUUACUACCCCGUGGCCUUGAAGAAACUUGACGAAAUCAUUGGCAAGAACAACGGACAUAUUGCCAAUGGAAAGUUGAGUUGGGGUGACUUCGUAAUCGCCGGCGUAUAUGAUGCGAUGAAGAACUUGCUCCUGCAAAUGCCGGACUUGGACGAAAAGUAUCCAAAUCUAACAAAAUUGAGGGAAAACGUUGUGUCUUUACCUAAAGUCAAGGAAUACGUUGCGUCUGCGCCUAAGACAGAUAUUUAA